UGUGUUUAUUUUUAAGCUGCUUAUUUUGGUGACCUAGGUACGGGCAUAAUCAAUACAGAUUAACACUUUCUAACACUUCUGCUUUGGCGCUUUGACUGCUGGCCAUGCGAAUUGGUAAGUCCGAAAAAUAUGGACGUAGGAGCUUAUAUUCUGAGUGAAUACAUCCCCGCCAAGCCGCUGGUCGGAAAUCUGGAGGUGUGCUUUACGGCCGGAGAGCAGACACCCACCGAAGCAUGCGCCCAACUGAAAUGCGGCGAUGUUUUGAAGUUUCCAUUCGCCCGCUUGGAUUCCCAGCCAAGGUCAGUGGAGAUAAAGGAGAGCAAGGUGCUCGUGGCUGCAGAUAAGGCAACGGAGACGAAAAGUGUGGUGGAGCUGACCCUGGAGUCCACGUUUGACUACCAACCCGGGGACACCAUCGGCAUUAUGCCUACUAAUAACACGGAACAAGUGGAAACCCUUCUUUAUCGGCUGGAACUGUUAGACCAGGCCGACGCCACUUGCCACUUGAAGAUAGUGCUCAACUGCGCCAAGAAGAAUGCAAAGCUACCCGCCCACAUUCCAGCAACGACUACUCCCCGGGAGAUCCUUACUCACUGCCUGUCCCUAAACUUUGUUCCGCAGAAGCAGCUCCUCAGCGCUCUGGCCGGAUUUACCAACGACGACAAAGAGCGUGGUUUCUUGUCCUGUCUAUCUUCUAAACAGGCCACCGAGCACUACCAAUCGCUGAUCUUAGAAAAAGGUCUGCUUUUCAUUGAUAUUCUUGAAUUGUGCGUCAACUGCAGGCCAUCACUGGCCUUCCUGGCAGAGCAUUUGCCACGACUGCUGCCGCGACCCUACUCAAUUGCUAGUAGUCCUUUGGAGGAUGGCAAUCGCAACCUCCGCGUUAUCUACUCGCUGCUCAGCCACAGACCUGGAGUCACAACCAGCAUGUUGGAGGCGGCUGGCCAGCAAAGUAGUCCGGAGCAUCCAAAAAAGGUGGUUAUCUACCCUCGAAUAAGCAACCUAUUCCGUUACACAGAGCAGGAUCUGGGCAGCAACCAAAUACUUAUUGCAGUUGGCACAGGUCUGGCGCCCUUUCUUGGAUUCUUAGCCCACAAGGAGGAGCUUUUAAAACAGCAGUCGCAAAAGGAAAGUGGACAUUCCUGGCUAUACAUUGGCGCCAAGACCCCAGUAGCCAUUCUUAAGCGUGAAAAACUUAUGGCCUGGCAGCAAUGCUCGCUGCUGGAGCGCCUACGGAUGUGUUAUUCGCGAGGCGAGUCGCCCAUCUAUGUGCAACAAAUGUUGGAGGAGGACUGCGAGGAUCUGGUCAAGUUCCUGAUGAAGCCGGAGACUGUGUUAUACGUUUGUGCCGAUGGCGCCAAGAUUUCGCAGUCCAUUGCAAGUGGCUUAGGUCGGUGCCUGCAGAAGGCUCUGCAUCUUUCGGAGGACGAAGCUUCGCAGCUGUUGAAGGAACUGAAGACGCAGGGAAAAUAUCGCGAGGAUGUUUGGCUGUAAUAGACAGAUCUUAGGUGCAGUCAAAGUAAUAGCUUUACGAACUUUUCUUUUUAAUACAUUUAUAUAUUGGUAGUUUGUAUACUUUCUAACUGAAAGUCUGCUUUUUAGUUUGUUUUGUGGCUUUUUAUGUACUGUCAGGGUCCUUUAUUUUAACAAUUAAAAAUAAAUCUAGCCGACGAAUCCAGUUUGCUAUUAUUUUGACUGCAACCCCAAUGUAAAUAAAUUCAAAACAGAAUGUUUUGGUCGAAUAAGUAAAUAACGAUAUAUUUAACAACACAAAAUAAAAAUUACAGUGCAAGGUAAACUAAAUACAUACAAUUGUGAGGGGCCAUCAUCUUCAAUGAUCGAAGUGAAUGGGGACUACGAGUACUAAAUGGAUUUGGGUCUGUGUGUAAGGUUGACUUAAGUGGUAAAUUGCAAAAUAAAUCUAAAUAAUGGUAAAAUAUAGAUUACGACUUAGGUUCCAAGCAAACUAAACGUGCGCACAUAAAACAUAAAACGUAUAGUGGGGUUUGCUCUUUGAAUUUAAGCGAUUGGUAAAGCGCUAAUGUAUCGUUAUUGUUUCUCCGCUUCUUUAAAUAUCUAAAUCUUUUUAUUUAUUAUACUGUUUAUGUUUAUUUUGGCAAGUCGUGUUGACCUUGCACAAUAAUAUGCAUUUUGUAUUUUAACUACGUUUACGUUUAAUUGAAAUAGAGCCAAUUUUUUUAGUGUAUAUUAAUAUAAUUACGAAUCGAUCAAAAUUGAUGUCAGCUUCUUCUAUCUCCUAUUCGUCUCUUUACAUUUGCAAUAAAAGUUGCGUAUAAAAAAUUA